AUGGUUCAACAGCAGCUCCUCCACCGUGUUGAUCCCAAAAUAUGGCAACAAUGUGCCGGCGAUUCCGUCACUGUUCUGAAGCUGAAUUCCAAACUCUAUUAUUUUCCUCGAGGUCAUUUGGAACAUGCUUGCCCUAACUACCCUUCCACUCAAGCACUCUCCCUCAUUGAUGCCUGCCGUCCGUUCAUCCAAUGCGUGGUUUCCAAUGUUGAUCUCUUUGCAGAUUCUAAAACUGAUGAACUUGUUGCAAAGCUACUCCUAACUCCCGUAAUUGACGGUAGUAAUGUACCUUCGGAGGCUGGCGACAUAGAAGAUGAUGAUGAUCAGAUUGUUUCCUAUGCUAAGACUUUAACUCAAUCUGAUGCUAAUAAUGGUGGUGCAUUUUCCAUACCUGUCAAAUGCGCUAAAUUUAUCUUCCCACCACUUGACUACAACACUGAAUCGCCGUCUCAAAUUGUAUCAGUCACUGACUUUCACGGCAGGGUCUGGAAUUUUCGCCAUGUGUACUCCGGGACACCCAAGCGGCACUUAAUCACCCAUGGCUGGAGUACUUUUUCUAACGAUAAGAAACUAGUCGGCGGUGAUACUGUUGUUUUUGUUAAAAACUUAACCGGAAAUAUCACCAUUGGACUUCGCCGGAGAAACAGGUCUUCGGCGGCUGCUAACAUAUCCGAAAAGGCAGUUAUCAAGGCUGUAGAAUUGGCAGAGAAGAAUGCUGCGUUUGAGGUAAUGUACUAUCCGACGGUCGGUGGUUUUGAUUUUGUGGUGGGAACUAAGGCUGUGGAGGAUGCAAGGAAAAUCAAUUGGAACCCUGGAAUGAGUGUUAAAUACACUGUAAAAACCAAUGGUGAUAAUUCAAAAGGGUGUUCAAUUUUUCAUGGGACAAUAUCUUCUAUCGCUCCUCCUUGUAUUAGUCCAUGGCGCAUGCUUGAGGUUAAUUGGAAUGAAUCUACGGUUUUUGGAAAUCUAGGGAAAGUAAGUCCAUGGCAGGUUGAAAUUAUUUCCAACAAACCUAUUAUGCAUCUACGAUCUCCUCCAACGAAAAAGCUUAGAGUUUCUCAGAAUUCAAACCUCUCUAUUACAAUGGGAGAGUUCAACAACGCAUCAACGAGUCGUUUGAAUCAAACAUCAACUCCUUUCAACUUUUUGAAAGAUGAUUCAAUAACUGAAUUGGAUAAUGUGACAACAGAGAAUAACAUCAGUAGUUCUCUAUCGAAUGACUUGUCAGCUGAUUCUAGUAGUGAUUGCAACAACAAAGAGGUUACUUAUUCAUCAAUUAUGUUAUUUGGUAAGAGGAUAAUAGGUGUUAGAAAUGCAUGA